AUGAAAUUGAAAACUCCGUCCAAGCUUUUCAACCCAUGCAAGAAAAUACUAAAACUCUUCAAAUUCAAACUCCGAAAACCCGUCUUCAUAACAUCUCUUCGAUUUCGUCGUAGAAAAUCGAAAAACACCGACACGAGUCGUCUAACGAAGAUUCGUGCGCUUUUCCGUUCGUUAAGGCAAAUAAAAGAGACAGAUCGAGUGAUUGAGAUCAUGAGUUUUCCAGAUGAGGGACAUCAUAAGGCACCCCACCCCUCCCCUCUCACCCCAGCAUAUGUAAAAAUGAGAGGAGAUUAUAAAAAGGAAGUCUCUGGUCAAGAUGAUGUUGAAGAUGCAUGCAGGAGUUUCGAGAAUUAUUUGAUAGAAAUGAUGGUUGAAGAAGGGAAAAUGAGGGAUUUAAAGGAUGUUGAAGAGUUUCUUUACUGCUUGAAGAAUCUCAGAUGCCCUAUUUUCACUGAUUUGGUUUGCAGAUUCUAUGGGGAAUUGUGCAAGGAUUUGUUUUCCGAUAGUCGCGAUGAUGAUGUUAAAACACCGAGAAACCUAUGA